CCUGGGUUGGGAAGAUCCCCGAGAGAAGGGAAGAGCUACCCACUCCAGUAUUCUGGCCUGGAGAAUUCCAUGAACUGUACAGUCCAUGGGGUCGCAAAGAGUCGGACACAACUGAGAGACUUCACGUCACUUCACAGCCUGCAAAAGGAGGUCAGGCUUAGAGGCCAGUGUCCUUAACCACCCCUCCCUCCUGCUAGCUAGAGAUUCAGAACAAACUGCUCAAGCCUUCCAUGUCCUCAUUUGCUCAUCUGGAGAAGGGAUUAACAUGCUACUGACUUCCUACGGCCACCGCGAGGCUGGGAUUGGUGAGUCCAGGCCUGUAGCAGACACUCCCAGCCCUUACUGAAAAUUAUAUCAUCUGGCUUCUGACAGUGAUGCCCUGGGCAUGUAACAGGGCCACUCCUCUCUUUGAGGGACCUGCCAGUGUUUCAUGAGGAUAGGUGGUGUCUUCAAUAUGAGUUUGCAGACCAGUCUUUAGCUGGCCCUCUGGGAGUCUUGAGUCGGAAGCCAGAGGUGAGGCAUCCCUUCUGGGAGCAUGCGCUCUGCCAGGAGCCUGGCAGUACAACCACAGUGCCAGGGUUAGGGGGGGAGCCUCCCUCAGCCAGUGGUUUGCUGAAGCCCCACUGUCUGUGGCAGAGGGAUGGAAGCCCCUGCUUACAGAUGAUGUGGACCAGUCUUCUGCUCACUCAGACCCAUGCUGGGAUGGACCCAGUUCUUUUACAGCCUUGUCCUUCCUUCUCACCGUUGGAGGUGACUGUUCAAGAACACUGGUUUUAGGUGGAUUCUUGGUUCUUAUUUGUGCUUUCCCCAUGGAUCUCGCUUGCUCACCUGCGGGCCACCUAUGCAUUUAAAUAAUAUAAUACUCUCUUCUCAGUACACGUUUCCUCAUCUUUUCCACAACUGAGCUGGCAUCCCAGGAGGGCAGGGGCUGGGUGUCUGAGAGGCACUGGCCCCAGUCCCGGCCUACCUAGCCUGGGAUUAUAUGACCCCCCCACCACACACACAGUAGUGGGGCCUGCAGGACAGCAAGAAUCAGCCAGCCUGGGUCCACGAAGCAUUGGGUGUGGGAACUCGGAAAGUCUGCCCUGUGUCACAUGACUCUCCUCACUUGAGGCAGGACAACUUUGUGCCCAAGAUACACAACCCAGAAAUCAUCAAUCCAGAGUUUAAUAAUUUGGUCGCAUAAAACUGUGUAACUACUUGACAGCCAAAACCGGCCAGCCUAGUCUUUUGAGACAAGAGACGGGAAUUCCACAGUGGUCCAGUGGUUAAGACUCCAUGCUUCCACUCCAGGGGGUGGGUUCAGUUCAAUUCUUGGUCUGGAAAUUAAGAUCUGGCAUGCCAUGCUGUGCAGCCAAAAAAGGAGAGAGAUCCCUUUCUUCCACAGCCACUAAGGUGCUCAGUCCUUCUGAGAAUCCAAGGCCAUUUUGGGGUGAGGCCCUCACUUCAUCUGGAGACUGGCACCGAGCCAGCAGCCCCACUGAGCACUCGCCCGCACCAUGGCCUCUGUCUCGGAGCUUCCUUGCACCUACUCGGCCCUCAUUCUGCCCAGUGAGGUGAUGGUCACAGAGGAUAAGAUCAGUGCCCUCGUUAAAGCAGCUGGUGUAAAUGUUGACAGUUUCUGGCCAGGCUUGUUUGUAAAGGCCUUGGCCAGUGUCAGCAUCAGCAGCUUCACCUGCCAUGUGGGGGCUGGUGGACCUGUCCCGACAGCUGGAGCUGCACCACCAGAAGGUCCUGCCCCCUCCACCACUGCUGCCCAAUCUGAGGAGAAGAAAGUAGAAACAAAGAAAAAAGAAUCUGAAGACCCUGAUGAUGACAUGAGCUUUGCUCUUUUUGACUAAACCUCUGUAGUAACUUCCCUGGUGGCUCAGAUGGUAAAGCAUCUGCCUACAGUGUGAGAGACCUGGGCUCGAUCCAUGGGUUGGGAAGAUCCCCUUGAGAAGGAAAUGGCAACCCUCUCCAGUACU